AUGCGUUUGUCUCUUGCUCUCGCCCUUGCCGCCAUUAGUGGUGUCUUGGGCGAGCCGAUCCCGAGACGGGCGGUACAGGGUAGCACGACCUCUACUAUGACUACUGCUUCUUCCGUCCACGACCAUUAUCACGACAGCCAGUUCCACGAGGACGACGUUCACCAGGCGUACAAACGUAAACCCAUCACUCCUCCCAAGCCGCCUCAAGUGCCUACCCAAGCAAGCACCAUCACCCCCGUCGUCACCCUCACCCCCAUCACCUCCGUCACCUGCUUCCCCAGCAUCACCGGCUUCACCUCCGUCACCUCCCUGCUUCACCCCCUUCCCCCCCUUCCCCCCUUCACCCCCGUCACCUCCAUCACCUCCAUCACCUCCAUCACCUCCAUCACCUCCAAAAUCUUCAUCACCACCAUCACCACCACCUUCACCUCCAAAAUCUUCAUCGCCACCGUCACCACCACCGUCACCACCAAAAUCAUCGCAGCCACCAAGCUCAUCGCCGCCGCCAACAUCACCGCCCCUGCCACAGCGCACCGCCAUCUCAAAAAACUGGCCGAAAUCGUCGUGCCGACCUUCCGCGGCCGACCGGCGUCUCAGAGUCUCAACAUGUGGGUUGGCAUCGACGGUAACAAAUGCCGGACGGCGGUCCUGCAGACGGGCCUCGUAGCCUACGGCGAUGGGACCUUUUGGGUCUGGACCGAGUGGUGGCAGCGCACGAUGCAGCACUACGAGACGGCGCUGCCCCUGAAGGGCGGCGACAGGCUACGGCUCUCCGUCCAGGUCACGUCGGCGACCUCGGGCACGACGACGGUGGAAAACUUGACCAACGGACGAUCCGUGUCGCAUACGUUUCGAGACGUCAAGGAGUACCCCCUCUGCCAGACGGACGCCGAGUGGAUCGUCGAGGCCUGGCAGGAGAACGGCAAGCCGGCCGCGCUCAUCGACUGGGGCACUGCGACCUUUUACAACACGACGGCCAAGAGGGCCGGCAGCCAAGUCACGGCCGGCGGCGCCUCGUAUCUCGUCAACAUGCAGAUGAACAACAAGCUCGUGGCGAGCACGACCAUAGGCUCCAGCGGCGACGUCAGCGUCACGUAUCGCGCAUGA